CUUGAAAGUAUAAAAAAUAGAUCUUUUUAAAACAAUUGUUUUUCUUAGAAUAUAUAAUGGGGGUGAUUGGUUGGGAUUUAGCAAGUGACUUUAGCUUUAAUUUUUAUCUACAGCUUUAAAAUCACCAAUCAUGCUUUACAUUACUUUUUAAAGCUACAACCAAAAAAUUAAAGCUACAGCCAAAAAACAAAAAAAACUAGUUGUAAAAGUCUUAUUUUCUAAAGCUCCAUCUUUUUGGCUGUAGGAAAUUUUAAAGGUACAGCUCUUAAAGCUAAAUCAAAAAAUCCUACAGACAAAAUUCUAAAGUAAAUUUCUAAAGUUACAACUCAACCAAUCACCCCCAAUAUUAAGGAACAGAGGGAAUACCUUUAGGUUGAAAACCCUAAACUGGAGUUCUUAAUAAUAGUUCUCUAAAGGAGUCUUAUUGGUAAUGAAAGGUUAAAAUUUCUCGGAGAAAGAAAAAAUAGUUCUUAAAUGAUAAAAUUACUUUUCGCUUUUUUAAAAAAUAAUUAACCCAACAAUUUGGUGACGGUAGUUAUAACAUGUAUCUGAGAGUUUUGUCGAUAAGAAUUUUCUUAAUAUCUCACAUGCUUUUUUAUUAUUUUAUUUUUUCAAAUAGCUGAUUCUCUCUCUAGAUUAGCUCAAUAAAUCUACUGUAAGAGAAUUAUUAUUUAUAUGAUUAUCUCAUGAAAUAUCUAAAAUUAUAUAAUUUAGUCUUUGGCAAGCUUUAUAGAAUUUCUUUUAAUUAUUAGCUUUUUAUUUCUAAAAAAAAUUGACAGACUCUAUAAAAGUCCAUGGAUGAAUAUGUCCUAAGAGCAUUAUCAUGGAGAUUCCUAAAAGUCUUUCAUAAUUAAAAGUAAAUAAAAUAAUCUAAAAAGAAGAAAAUAGAGAAAGUUGUUUGUUUGAAAACCUUCAAGAAAAUCUAAAACUUAUUUUACAAAUAGCAUUCAAUUAUUAUUUUGAAUGAUAAAAACUAGUCUAUAAUUAAAAAUAUAUAUUCGGUGGAUUUCUUCCAUUAAGAGUACUCUAAAAUGAAAUAUUGAUAAAAUAACAGUACCGACAAGUAUUAUAUUUCUAUACAAAAUUUGUAAGAGGUUAAGGUGGAUAGUAAUAAAACAGAAAACAAUAAUCUGAGAGGCUGAAGCACUAACUAGUUUAAGAGCAUCCACAUCAAUGAACCCCCUCUUGGGUUUCAUCUUUUUAGUUUUUUAUUAUUAAAAUUUGUUUCUUUUUCUUUUUGGUUUUUUUAAAAAAAAAUAAUAAUAAAAAAAAAAGUUAGACCAAUCGCGGGCCGCCACGACACAUGGGGCCCGCACUACAGUGAUGAAUUUUAGGAGAGAGGGGUUCAACCAAGAGAACUUUAGGAGAGAGAGGGUUCAUGAGAUUGAAUUAUUUUAUUAUUUUUUUUUCUUGGUUUUUGUGUGAACUCCCCCCAUGAACCCUCAAUGGGGGUGCUCUAAGACGUGGACGCAAAGAAGCGACAGUUGGUCAAAUAACAUCUUUGACCUGGUCAACGUAUUUAAACAACGGUUUUCAGUUAGAAAUGGAAUUUACUUUUGUAAGACCCACAUGAUUUGUGACAUUUGCUUUCUUCUUACGUAUCAUUCCAGCUUAUAAUGUCUCUUGGUUUAGACAACCUAUGACGACCAUACAUAAAUAUAUAUGCACAAUGCACAUACCGUUGCCUCAACUUUAUAUUGCAUAUAUCAUAUAUGUAUCACUACUCUGUGUGUGCCUGUGUGGUAUCAAUGUUGAAGGAGACAAUUUUGUGGUAAACGAGGUCGAGGCUAUGUUUGGUUCCCACCCUGCAUCAAACAUUGCCAGUUGGCCACCAUAUUACUAUGUUUGGUGACGUAAUUUUUAUGUAUAUAUGUAUAUAAAUGUAACUAUGAUACUUCAUACUUUGACUUUUAUUCAUAUUCAAACUAUACGCUGAUUGAAACCAUAUUGGUAGGGAACCCAGUUUCGAACAGUUUCCAUCAACUAUUAGUUAGUUAAUAUUAGCUAAUAAACCAUGCUGAUAUAUUAUAACGGACCUAUAAAAUGUUAUAUUGGAUAAUUGACGUUUUUUGUUUUGUUUUAGGUGAAUUAAUUAACGAUGUUGUCUAUAACGUCCAGCAAAACUAAAAUUUAUACCAAGGAUUGAUGCCCAUCCCCGAUUUUCCUUUUGCAAUAUAUUAGAGUAUAAGUUUGCAUGAAGGACCGACACUGUCGACUCAUGGGCGUUUCUUAGAGACAUUGAGAGAACAGUGACUUUUUUGUUGGGUCCAAGGGAAGCAAAUCUAUCUUGUUGAUCAACGAUUUCAUUAUUAAAUUGGUUCCAGUCCCAAUGGAAUAUCUAGGUAGAAACCACGUCCAUGAUUCAUAUUUAAUUCAGUAACUAAUAACUCUUCUAGUCUUCUCUAAUAUUUCAUUUUAAAUAUUUCAAAUUUCACUAAGCAAAGCACUAUACAUAUGUGCCGGAGCAUGUCCAUUGAUUGAUAUUUCGUGAGUUCAUUCCCUUGCUUUUAGGCGAUGAUUCGAUUCUUCUGAGCUUGCUUGUGGCUAUAAGUAUUUAAACAAAAUAAAUAAAGAAAAAUAAGAGAAAAGAUGAAAAAUAUCUAAAAUUAGAUAUUUUUAGAAUUCCUCUUUAAAAAUGUCAAUUUAUAAGUGGUUUGAUAUUUAGAAAAAUAUUUAAAAUUAAUCUAAUAAUUCAACUCUAUUAAAAUAAUAAACCAAAUUAGAACUUCAAUAUUAGAACCUUAUCAAUAAGGUUGCUCUAAUGACAUUGGUAUAAUUAAGUUAGAGUUUUCAAAGGGUUUAUGAGAUGUCCGACGUUCGAAUUCUUAAGACAACAAUAUCAUACUCUUAUUUACCAAUAUGCAUUAAGAAUAUUACCAUGUGUAUGAAAUUAGGGGAAAAUGUGGUUAUAAUUAAAAUGUGUUUUCGAAAGAUAGUUAUUGCAGAUUGUUAUUUAUUUUUUUGCUAGAUUGUAAAUAUCAGAUUAAUGAAUCAAUUACAAGAACUAAAGGUUACAUAUUUAUCUCAGCUACAAGGACAUGAGAGUUUCAAAUAGCUUUCGAGUUUUCCUAGCAUGAAUGGUGUUUCUGACCUCUAUAUCUCAGCCACAAGGACAUAUAAAGCAAAAUUGUUCUAUUGUUGUGGUAUAAAAUAGUAUUUUAUACACGAAAACUAAUUCAAAAUUGUAGUCUUUAAAGAACAAUAACGAUAGAAAUGACAAAAAUAUAUUUUAUUGUUCUAAAUAGUUUUAGUUCUAGCCUUUCUCUAGCUACCUAGUAGCAUUUUGUAGGUUCAGACAGGUAGCCAACUCUACAUGACUCAUUCACAUUCCGGUCAAAUUGUGUCCAAGACUCCAACCGACCAUGUUUAUCGAGUAUCGAUUAUCAUAGGAUUUACAAUUUAAUUAUUAUUAUUAUUUAUGUUCAUACAAACUUUUAUCUUUGACCUUUUUCAACUUUCAUCGGUGACCGACUUUCCAUACGAAAAGGAAGAAAUAAAUAUAAUUGUAAAAAUAUUAUAUUAAUCCUCGGAAGAUAUAAUUAACGAAAAUCUGAUCCGACAUUGCUAGUUCCACUUGACUGCUAACGUAUCAGUGUCCGCAAAUGUAUUGUCUAACAGUGCAGUUGGAAGUCCUAAUAAAACCAAUCCAACAUGUCGCUGGUAAGUGGUGGGUACCACCUAGCUAGUUGCUUUGAAAAGAAUAAGGGAAAGCAAAAUUCCAUCAAUUCUAUAAAAAAAACUUAUUCCAUCAAUUUUAUAAAAAAUGAUACAUUCUAUCAAUUUCACAAAAAGUAAGCAGAAUUCCAAACAAACAAAAAUAUUUCACUACAGUUUUGAAGAAAAAUUGAUGAAACUAAUUUCUUCUAACUUUUUUUAUAUUAUGUUCAUCUUUGCCCAUUCAUCUUUAUUCCAAUCAUUCUUUCGCAUGUAUACCAUGGAAAAUUAAUUGACGAGAUAUGUAUUGAUAGAUUGAUAGGGCUCGCUAUAUGCUAUCACAAAGAUUGAUUUAUUUUAAUUGCAAUGUGUAUUGCCUUGUUCUUUUUUAUGGGAAGUAAACAAAAGCAUGUAUAAACAUACGCAUGAUACAAAAAAAUGUAACCGUACCUUCAUUAUUCUCAAUGAUAUUUACAAUUUAGCAAAAAGAAUGUAUAAACAUACCAUGCAUGAUACAAAAAGGGCAAAUCCAUCAGAUUUGAAAAAUAAUUUAAGCGGUGCGAGUUAUAUCUUUCUAAAGAGUAUUAACCAUGGUUAGACUGCAUUAGGACUGAUUGUUAAUUAAUUAAAUUCUACUUAUCACCUCAUCUAACCGUAGUUAAAUUCCUCCACUAUAUAAGAAACAUCUCACUAUCCCCAUUAUCAUCAUCAUCACUGUUUCUUCUCUUCAGCUCACUAUCUAAAAAACCCUAAUAUCUUCUACAAAAUGGCUAUUGAUACGAGUCUUUCCUUCGCUUAUCCAUUUCUAAGUCUCGACCUUUGUCUCAGCAUUCUCCUCUUCAUCUCCCUUUUCGUUUUCUGGUUGACUCCAGGUGGCUUUGCUUGGGCACUCUACAAAGCUCGUUCCCACACCAGACCAGAAUCCAAAACCUUACCCGCCAUUCCUGGCCCGUCUGGUCUCCCCAUCAUUGGCCUCCUCUUAGCCUUCGUUAACAACGCCUUGACACACAGAAUCCUCGCCAAUAUCGCUAACUCUUGCAAAGCAAAAGCUCUCAUGGCUUUCUCCGUCGGGUCUACCCGGUUUGUGAUAACUAGCGAACCGGGGACGGCUAAAGAGAUCUUAAACAGCUCUGCAUUUGCGGACCGGCCUGUGAAAGAGUCGGCUUACGAGCUGCUUUUUCAUAGAGCUAUGGGGUUUGCUCCCUUUGGUGAUUACUGGAGAGAGCUGAGGAGAAUCUCUUCUACUCAUCUCUUUAGCCCUAAGAGGAUCUCCUCUUUCGGAGAAUCACGUCGAAAAAUCGGGGAAACUAUGGUGGAAGAGAUCAAGAAUGCGAUGGCAAGUUAUGGAGAGGUGCAUAUCAAAAGAAUCUUGCAUUUUGGAUCACUCAACAACGUGAUGUCUAGCGUUUUUGGUAAAACAUAUGACUUCAACGAUGGUAGUAUCGUUAACUCGAAGUUGGAGCAUUUGGUGUCCGAAGGCUAUGAGCUUCUUGGAAUAUUCAACUGGAGUGAUCAUUUCCCGGGACUGAGGUGGUUAGAUUUACAAGGCGUAAGGAGAAGAUGCCGUAGCUUGGUUGGUAAGGUGAAUGUGUUUGUCGGAAAUAUAAUCGAGGAGCACAAAUCAAAGAGGUCUCUUCGUGAUAAUAAAGAAGAAGAGGGCACUAAUGAUGAUGACUUUGUUGAUGUCUUACUUGGCAUGCAAGGCAACAUCAAACUUUCAGACUCUGACAUGAUUGCCGUCCUUUGGGAAAUGAUUUUUAGGGGAACGGACACCGUGACAAUUUUACUGGAAUGGAUCCUUGCGAGGAUGAUUCUUCACCCUGACAUUCAAGCAAAGGCGCAGGCCGAGAUAGAUGCUAUUGAGGGUGAAACGGGACGUGAAGUCUCAGACUCAGACCUCUCCAAGCUUCCAUACAUCCGUGCCAUCGUCAAGGAGACCCUAAGGAUGCACCCACCUGGUCCUCUCCUCUCAUGGGCUCGUCUCUCUAUUCACGACACUCAAAUUGGGACCCACUUUAUCCCCGCUGGGACCACUGCCAUGGUUAACAUGUGGGCUAUAACCCAUGAUGAAAAGGUCUGGCCGGAGGCUCAUGAGUAUAAGCCAGAGAGGUUUCUUGGUGCACAAGAAGGUGAUAAUUUUCCCAUAAUGGGAUCUGAUUUGAGGCUUGCUCCCUUUGGUGCUGGGCGUAGGGUUUGUCCUGGUAAGUCUAUGGGUAUAGCUACUGUGGAGUUAUGGCUGGCUCAGUUGCUAGGUAGCUUCAAGUGGGUUCCCUGUGGUGAAGUAGAUUUGAGUGAGACUUUGAAGCUCUCACUAGAGAUGAAGAACUCUCUUGUUUGUAAGGCAAUCCCUAGGGUUUAAUAUGUGUUUUGUUGGCUAUCAAACUAUGCCAUUUUCUAUCUCUCUCUCGGUUUUGUUUGAUUUACCGUGGGAGAUAUCUAAUUACUGUCCUUUUUUCUGUCACUAGCUACAUCUAAAUAAAUUAGUCUAAAAAGUUUCUACCGUGUUUAAGUAUCAGAAUUCCAAUAAGAAAGUUUGUUUCAAAUUAUUAUAUUUUCUCCUUCUAUCAAGUUUUAUUGACCAAAUAUGUUGUAAUAUUUUCUCAUGCAAUUAAUAUCAAAAUGUUCAUCUA